UCCGAAGGUCGGGGGCUUUCCGUGCCCAUGGCCACAACCACAACCCGUUCAAAAGACAUAGCUGGGGGCCAGGCAGGGAGCUCCAGGACCCACUGAGCAGGAGCGAACUGCAGGCAGUGGGAUGCAUGGGCGCCCGGGAGGCCCCCUUGUUGCAGAGCCAAGAGGAACUGGACGCCUUUCUGGAACUGCAGCGCCUAGGUGGCCAGCCCUCCCGCGUGGGUCAGAGUUGCUGUCAUCCGUCUGCUGGCCCUUUGGACCACUCGGCCCCUGGCAUGCUUUCCAAGUCUGUAUCCAUGAGCGGCAUCAGUUGCCUCUUGGGCUGCUCUGAUCCAGCUGGGAAUUUCUACCAGUCCUCUGCCACUGACCUCAGCCAAAGCUGUAGCCGACUGGAACGGGGCUCAGGAAUCUGGGCAGGCUCCCCACUGCAGCGCACCCUCAGCUUCCUCCUGGGCAUGACCGGAAAGGCCAAGACCCGGGAAAAGGAGAAGAUGAAGGAAGCCAAGGAUGCCCGCUAUACCAACGGGCACCUCUUCACCACCAUCUCCGUCUCGGGCAUGACCAUGUGCUAUGCCUGUAACAAGAGCAUCACGGCCAAGGAGGCCCUCAUCUGCCCAACCUGCAACGUGACCAUCCACAACCGCUGUAAAGACACGCUGGCCAACUGCACCAAGGUCAAGCAGAAGCAGCAGAAAGCCGCCCUGCUGAAGAACAACACCGCCCUGCAGUCCGUUUCCCUCCGCAGUAAGACCACCCCCCGGGAGCGGCCAAGCUCUGCCAUCUACCCCUCCGACAGCUUCCGGCAGUCCCUACUAGGUUCCCGCCGCGGCCGCUCCUCCUUGUCGCUAGCCAAGAGUGUCUCCACCACCAACAUCGCUGGACACUUCAGUGACGAGUCCCCCCUGGGGCUGCGCCGAAUCCUGUCCCAGUCCACAGACUCCCUCAACAUGCGGAACCGGGCCCUGUCCGUGGAGUCCCUCAUGGAUGAAGGUGCAGAGGUGUUCUACAGCGAGCUGAUGAGUGACUUUGAGACAGACGAGAGGGACUUCGCAGCCGACUCGUGGAGCUUGGCCGUGGACAGCAGCUUCCUGCAGCAGCAGAAGAAGGAGGUGAUGAAGCAGCAGGAUGUCAUCUACGAACUCAUCCAGACGGAGCUGCGCCACGUGCGGACGCUGAAGAUCAUGACCCGCCUCUUCCGCACGGGGAUGCUGGAAGAGCUGCAGCUCGAGCCGGGGCUGGUGCAGGGGCUGUUCCCUUGCGCGGAUGAGCUCAGUGACAUCCACACGCGCUUCCUCAGCCAGCUGCUAGAGCGCCGACGCCAGGCCCUGUGCCCUGGAAGCACCCGCAACUUCGUCAUCCAUCGCUUGGGUGACCUGCUCAUCACCCAGUUCUCAGGUCCCAGUGCGGAGCAGAUGCGUAAGACCUACUCGGAGUUCUGCAGCCGCCACACCAAGGCCUUAAAGCUUUAUAAGGAGCUGUAUGCCCGCGACAAAAGGUUUCAGCAGUUCAUCCGGAAGGUGACCCGCUCGGCCGUGCUCAAGAGGCAUGGGGUACAAGAGUGCAUCCUGCUGGUGACCCAGCGCAUCACCAAGUACCCGGUGCUCAUCACCCGGAUCCUGCAGCACUCCCACGGGACGGAGGAGGAGCGCCAGGACCUGACCACGGCACUGGGGCUGGUGAAGGAGCUGCUGUCCAACGUGGACCAGGAUGUGCACGAGCUGGAGAAGGGAGCCCGCCUGCAGGAGAUCUACCACCGUAUGGACCCUCGGGCCCAGGCCCCGGUGCCUGGCAAGGGCCCGUUCGGCCGAGAGGAGCUUCUGCGGCGCAAGCUUAUCCACGAUGGUUGCCUGCUCUGGAAGACAGCAACUGGCCGCUUCAAAGACGUCCUGAUGCUGCUGAUGACAGACGUGCUGCUGUUUCUGCAGGAGAAGGACCAGAAGUACAUCUUUCCCGCCCUGGACAAGCCCUCGGUGGUAUCACUGCAGAAUCUAAUUGUGCGAGACAUCGCCAACCAGGAGAAAGGGAUGUUUCUGAUCAGCGCCACACCCCCUGAGAUGUAUGAGGUCCACACGGCAUCCCGGGAUGACCGGAGCACCUGGAUCCGAGUCAUUCAGCAGAGCGUGCGCGUGUGCCCAUCCAGAGAGGACUUCCCCCUGAUUGAGACAGAGCACGAGGCUUACCUGCGCCGAAUCAAGAUGGAGCUGCAACAGAAAGACCAGGCCCUGGUUGAGCUGCUGCAGGAGAAGGUCGGGCUGUUCGCCGAGAUGACCCAUUUCCAGGUGGAGGAGGAUGGUGGUGGGUUGACCCUGCCCGCCCUACCCAGGGGCCUUUUCCGCUCCGAGUCCCUGGAGUCCCCCCGUGGCGAGCGGCUGCUGCAGGAUGCCAUCCGUGAGGUGGAGGGUCUGAAAGACCUCCUGGUGGGGCCUGGAGUAGAACUGCUCCUGACACCCCGGGAACCAGCCUUGCCCGUGGACCAGGAUGGCGGUAGCACGAGUCCCGGGGUCACUGCCAAUGGUGAGCCCAGAACCUUCAAUGGCUCGAUUGAGCUCUGCAGAACCGACUCAGACUCCAGCCAGAAGGACCGGAAUGGAAAUCAGCUGAGAGCCCCUCAGGAGGAAGCGUUACAGCGAUUGGUCAAUCUCUAUGGACUUCUGCACGGCCUCCAGGCGGCCGUGGCGCAGCAGGACACGCUGAUGGAAGCGCGGUUCCCCGAGGGCCCCGAGCGGCGGGAGAAGCUGGCCCGCGCCAACUCUCGGGACGGAGAGGCCGGCCGAGCCGGGCCCGCCCCCGCGGCGCCGGACAAGCAGGCCACCGAGCUAGCGCUCCUGCAGCGGCAGCACGCUCUGCUGCAGGAGGAGCUGCGCCGAGGCCACGACCGCCUGGAUUUGUCUGUGACCAUUCGCUCUGUCCAUCGACCCUUUGAGGACCGAGAGAGACAGGAGCUGGGCAGCCCCGAGGAGCGGCUGCAGGACAGCAGCGACGCGGACACGGGCAGCGAGGAGGAAGGGGGCAGCCGCCUGUCCCCGCCCCACAGUCCGCGAGACUUCACCCGAAUGCAGGACAUCCCGGAAGAGAUCGAGAGUCGCGACGGGGAGCCUGUGGCUUCAGAGAGCUAA